AUGUCGACCGCAGAGCAGGCGAGAGCCGUCGGGGCAUUGGCAGCUUUUGUCGAUGUCAAUGACGACAUUCUCACCCAAGCAGCAGACCAGGCGCAAGCCGCCAAGCGCCUGAAGACCGCAGAUGGGAGAAUCCUGCCAUCGGUAAAGCCACCGUCCAGGAUCCGAAUCGCGCACAUCCUUCUAAAGUGCCAGCCAGCUAGUGGCAUUGCUCCAUCCGAUCCGCAGGCACGACGAGCUGCCCCAGCAGACCGGACACAGGCAGAUGCGGAAGCACAUCUCCUGAAGCUGUUGGAGGUCCUGCAUCAAGUCUACACCAGCGGUCCAGAAGCCGGUGCCAACAAGCGCCUGACGGCGAAGUUCGCAGAGCUCGCCAAGGAACAUUCUGACUGCAAGUCUGCGACAGCCGGAUCGUUGUCCGAUUUAGGAUGGAUCACGCAGGGCCAGCAGGGGAAGGAAUUCGAUGCGGCAGCAUUCGAGCUCCCAGUCGGCGGUCUCAGUGACAUCAUCGUCACUCAGCGCGGUGUAGCGGGCCUUGGCAAGCAGUCCAUGUGCUACACCGCCUCGCGUAAGCGUCCUCGUGGCAAAUUCGCCUGGCAUUAUCCCGCCACCCGAAGGGCACCGGUGAUGCUGUGGCGAUAUGUCCACAGUAGCUCGAUCACGUGUCACCUGUUUGGCAAGGUGGGGCGAUUGAUCCCAGACGUGAACCGGAAGCUUUCAGAUCUUAGCAGGGAGAAGGGCUGGAGAAGGGCCCUGGAACGACUGUACUAUCUGCGUAGUGUGGAGAUUUCACCGGACCUGGCCAGCUUUACGAUUGUGGCCGCUUCCAUGCACAUGAAGUGGCAGAGGUCAUGCAGCCUCUUGCAGGAGUCGCAGCGGCAACGCUUACAAGCGAACACUAUCAGCUGUGGAGCAAGCUUAGGAGCCUGUGAGAAAAGCAGUCAGUGGAAGGCCGCUGUUUCUCUGUUGGCCGAGAUGAAGCUCAAUGCACUGCAGUCGAGCCUGAUUGCAGAAAACUCCGCCACGUCUGCUUUCGGAGAGGUCACUCGAUGGCCCCAGGCUCUGAGAAUGGUUAGGUGCAUGAAAGGACGGCUGAUCGAACCGGAUCACAUCUCAUGCAGUGCGACGAUGGUCUCGCUUGAUGUGGCUGGGUGCUGGAACAAGGCUUUGAGGUCGCUGCAUCUGUUUCGAGAGGAGCAGAUCCAGCUGGAUGUGGUGGCUUGGACAUCCCUUUGCACUGUCUGUGCGACGGGCAAGCAAUGGAAGAGAUGUCUGGAGACUCUGAGCUGCAUGUCACUACUGAAAUGUACUCCGAAUGCAGUCAGCUAUCGAACUGCUUAUCUUGCAUGUGAAUCAGCAGAGGAGCUUCACUCCGGGCAGGAACUGUUGUUACAGAGUGGUGUAGAUCCUGCGUUCGCUCUCUGGGCACUUGCCAAGAUGAGUUCACAGGAUCCUCAUAAAAUAUACAGGGCUUGCGUGCGCGCGCUGCGAUUCGUUGCGAAGCCUGGUGCAGUGCCCGCUGCCCAAGUUGCUGCAGUUUGUUGGGCGGCACGUGCCCUCGGGGCCGUCGGCAAGAACCUUGAGCGGAAACUGGGCAGUCUUGUCAAACGCAAUCUUCAUGACUUCACCAUAGAGCAAUUGAUGAUACUUGCAUGGGGUUUUUGUGACUUGCAACACAGCGCCGAAGUUUUGGAAAGAGUCCAGCAGGAGGCAUGCAGACGCUUGACACUGCAGAAUUCAGACUUGAGCAUGCUGGGCACAGUCAAGGUCGAAGAGGUGCUUGGCCUGGUUGGGGGCUGUGCUCUGGCAGGGGGUCUUCAAGCGUCCUUGAGCAGGAAAGCUUCCAGCUUUGUCCGCGACCACGGAAGGCUUCUCGAUGCCCACAGUGGGGUCCGGUGCGUUCUUCCGCUCAGUGAGGUUAGGAUGUGGAGUGCCGCUCCGACCGCUGUGCAGCCGUGCUGCCAUCUUGAUGUGGGAGAUCGGCUUGUCGUCCACAAGCCGGUUGGGUGGGAGGUGCACGACAUGCAUGGCGAUUUCCAACUGCACCACUGGAUCCAGAGGCACCACUUGCAUGUACCCAUACUCUCUGAUUCGCAGCGAGACUUUGGCUUCUUGCAUCGGCUGGAUGUGCCCAGCUCUGGGCUACUCGUGGUUGCGAAGACUUUCGAGGCCUUCCACGACUUGCAGCUCCAACUUGCGUCGGGUGUACUGGAGAGGUAUUAUCUGGUUCUUUGUCAUGGCUGGGUACCAAAUACAGUGAAGGAGCUGACUUCGCAGCUGAGCUUGGAAGGCAUUUCAGACUCUCAAAGAGUGGGUGCCCUCAAGAAACUUCGAGUGUUAGCUCUGUUAGCUUGGUGA